CAUGAUGAAAACCAACUUUCCUGAAGCUCUUGGGGACCAAAGGCCAGCCCUUCAUCCACUGCAAGACCCCGACUCCAGCAGCAGUGGCAGUGAUGACGAGGAAACCACGCAGGAUGAAGUUUCUUCGCAUACCUCUGAGGAGGAUGGCUCAGUGGUGAAAGUGAAGAAAGAGUUAGAGAAUGCCGAACAACCUGUGGCUGCAGCCCCACUGAUGAGAGAAAAUGAGGUGCCUGAAAGUUUGAAUGCUGACCCUAUGCUGGGACUGUCACAGUGCCCCCUCUGCCAACUGGAGUGCAGAGGCAGAGAGCAGCUCAUUGCUCACGUGUACCAGCACACUGCGGCGGUGGUGAGCGCCAAGAGCUACAUGUGUCCUGUGUGUGGCAGAGCCCUCAGCUCACCGGGAUCCCUUGGGCGGCAUCUCCUGAUCCACUCAGAGGACCAGCUGUCCAACUGUGCGGUGUGCGGGGCACGCUUCACCAGCCACGCCACGUUCAACAGUGCGAAGCUGCCAGAGGUGCUCAGUGCCGAUCGGCUGCCGGCUCCACAGAGCCAGGGCCCCUCCAGUGCUGAGGGGAAGGACAUUGCCUUUCACCCUGCCGUGUACCCUGCAGCCAUCCUGCUGGUGUGCAACAACUGCACGGUGUACCGCAGGCUGCUGGAGGCACAGGCACCCAGCGUGCGCAAGUGG